UUCCUCUAAACAGUUUUCGUUGGGAGCUGAAGCAAUGAAGAUAUCGGAAAGAAUUUUUGUCUUCUUAUUAUUUGCAGCAUUUGCAAGUGUAAUUCAUGCGGCUGCUGUUGGUGAUUCGAAGGUUGCGGAUUCGGUGAAAUUCUAUGUUUACACCCGGCAAAAUCCUGAUAGUCCUCAGCCAUUGCAGGCAAAUGUGGAAUCGGUGAUUAGAAAUGUUCUCAAUCCUACUAAACCAAUUACCCUGUCCAUUCAUGGAAUUGCCGACAACAAAGACUCCUUGAUGAACAUUUUGGUCAAGAAUGCCAAACUGCAAAUGGAAGAUGGCAAUGUUAUUGUUGUGGAUUACAGCGAAGUGAUUGACAACUCCGCCGACCUUGCAGCCGGAGCAGCCAAAGUUCCCGCAAUUGCCAAAGCUAUAGCCGACUUAGUUGUCCUACUGCAUGACAACUUCAAUUUUGAUCUACAACAUUUGCAUGCUGUUGGCUUUAGUUUGGGUGGCCAAAUAAGUGGGCUGUUGGGGCAAAAUAUCCUUGAACGCUUGCAUCACAGAUUGGCCCACAUCACCGGCCUAGAUCCGGCCGGGGUUUUCUUCAACGCCUCCACACCUUAUGACGAACGUCUGACCGCCGAUGAUGCCGACUUUGUUGAAGUUGUACACACUAAUGCGGGCUAUUUGGGUUUUCCAACACCUUGCGGCCAUGUCGAUUAUUAUCCCAAUGGUGGUGUUCAUCAGCCUGGCUGUGAUGAUGAGCAAGACCCGGCAUGCUCGCAUGUUCGUGCUUAUCUGCUUAUAACAGAAUCUGGUUGCCGUUGGAAAACCAAGAAAUGUUGGUUUUGA